AUGUCCGCCGAUUCCAGGAGGACGAACUCUCGACUAGGGACAUCGCGUCCGCCUUGCUGUGGCUCUGCGGGUCGCGCGCUCGCUCCUCAUUGUCAUCACCGUCAUCGUCAGUCACCAUGCAUGUCGUCCUCUCCGUCAAAUUCCGAACGGUCCUGCAAACCCCCCCAACGGGUCUCCCACUGCUACGUCAGGAAUUGCAUGGCCAUCGCGUCGCCGACUCAUUCUCGCGGGGAUAUAAACAUCGCACAUGUUUCAACAACCAUAACCACGACCAUCGAUACGGCAGAUCUACAUCCCCUCGUCGACCUGGCGGCUGAAAUCCAUCACAACAUCCAGACUAUCGAUCACCAUCCGUUGACCGCAUUCUACCUCCCGGACUUCAUCGUUACCAAUCUACGAUUGGCCCCUCCCCCUCUGCGAAAGUGGGACUGGGGGAAGUCCCUCAGCAGCAUCGUGGAUUUCCACCACCUGGAGAGACGAGAAUCAGUGGACUCUGUUCCAUCUUACAGGUGUGUGAGUGAGAGUCAGAGAGACGGGACACCACUAUGGCGCGUUCGUGUGAACCUGGAUCCGGUCGCCAUGGAACGACUGCAGCAGGAUAGACUCUUGGGGGGGUUGGAGAAGUGGCCAACGUAG